UACGUGAUUUUGUUUUAUAGAUAUACAGGCCACUGCCCGACCCUGAAGUUUCGCGUUGGCAAGCGAUAUGGAGCAUGUACCGAGGAAAUUAUGAAAGAACUAAUCGAGAAAAAGAUUCUUAAGACAGGCCCGUAUAGGCCAAGCUCCGGUAAAGAAACUUUAGCGCCAAUUCAGCGAGACAAGGAUGUUAAAAGGGACUGGAAACAGGACUCGUGUAUAUACAAAGCCCCACCGUAUAUAUUAGGUUACACAGGUUACAUACCCGGCUACAGCAGCAGGUACGGUUUGACGUUUAUGAAGGCCGUGGAGGAGGGGGCGGUCGAGUGGCGCGAGCUUCAAAGUAAACUGAAGACGAGGCGAGACGCGAUGCGCGCCCACAACGAGAGGAUGGACCCGCGCAACUUGCUCUCCCGCGUUAGAACGGACAACGUCGAGGUGGAGAUCGACCAUGGGCACGACGACAGAGGGAGACGCCAGUACUUUGAAUGCUUGGCUGCACCAACACACUUCUACCGAUUCUACUCAUCCAUGCAAAUUCCUAAGAUUCUAACGAAUGCACUUGCACUUUGUUCCUCUCGCGUCGUGCGUGAAAGCAAUGCGUCGAUAAGGUUUGCGCGGCCCCUCGAAAUAAAGCAACGCGGUCGAUGCGACAGGAAACGACGGCUCACGUCAGCAUCUAUCCGCACAGACAAUCAGGUGUCAGCGGAGAGUCCGCCGAUCGUCGGAUACACGGGCCACAUACCCGGAGCUAAGGGCGAGGUCGCCCUCUCCAAGGGAUACGCCCAGGCUGCGAAGAAGGGCCUCGAGCUACUGCACAAGGAGCGGCAAAUGAGACAAGAAUCGACGAUGAGCAACGCGGACGCGGUUCACAGGGUCCUUGAAACUGCUUACCUCGACGAGACGGGUCACACGAGACCCUAAGACCUUCCCGGCACGUUUUUCAAGCCACCUCCAACGCCCAAUUCCUACGGCCGACCAUUGGAGG